GGUUUUGCUGGAUUCACAUUUUUGACAGUAAAAGUUGCCAUUUUCUGACACAUGCACAAACAAAUGUCUUUGCUCAUUUCAUUUCUCCUUUGCAUCGCUGCAUUUUUCUGCACCCCUUCAUUAUUUAUUACUGCACUAAUGCCUAAUGGUAUUCCAAUCUAAUAAGUCCCCAAGUCGAAAAAUGUUUGAUUGAUCCUAAGCGUUAAGUCUUACCCCGUAGGCCUGUACUAUUUACCAGUUACUACUAUUUACUAUUUCAAUAUUUGAGAAUUUUUUUUUGUUUAAUACGACGAUUGUGAAUCACAGUGUUAGAGUCGUUAUCCCUCGGCAGACAACGGUCAAUGUAAAAUUGUCCUAGUAUUCCCUUACUAAUUUAAUUUACUAUGUUCACUCCACAGAAAUUCCUGUCAUAAACACCUUAGAAAGUCUUAACUGUUUGGAAUUUUUUUGCCAACUUUCCUGGGGAGCUCAGAUGGAAAAACCUUUCAAGUCUCCAUUUUUGCUCCUCUUUUUCAUGAUUUUGCUACAAACCCACUUCUCAAAUCAGAUGCCACAAUCACAAUUACAGGCAUUUUUCACAAUUCACCAGAUUCUAAACUACCCAUUAAACAUAAACAGUUUAGACCAAAACAUUGAUAUUUGCAGCUUUGAACCAAGCCCAUAUCUUACAAUUGCAUGUUAUGAAGAAAACAUUACUCAAAUUCAUACUCAAGGGUUUAUUGGGUUUGUUCCAGUUUCAGGUAAUAUUUCCAUGGAAGCUCUAUUUGGUGCUCUUGCAGCUUUACCAGGCUUAAAGGUCCUAUCUUUGGUGUCCUUAGGUUUAAGGGGUCCUCUCCCUCAAAGUAUAGGUAACUUAACUUCUCUUGAAAUGUUAAAUCUUAGUUCAAAUCAGUUGAAUGGUACUAUUCCUGUGGAAUUGUUGGGUUUAAGAAAUCUUCAAACUGUUGUAUUGGAUCAUAAUGAGUUUAUUGGAGAAAUACCCUUUUGGAUUGGAUCACUUUCUGAGUUAACUGUUCUUAGUUUAAAGAAUAAUUCAUUAAAUGAAUCAUUACCCACUUCAUUAUCAAGGUUGGAAAGCUUAAGGAUUCUUCAACUUUCAAUGAAUAAUAUAAAUGGUGAAGUUCCUGAUCUUAGGAAUCUGACUAAUUUGCAAGUUCUUGAUUUGGGGAACAAUUCUUUAGGACCAACUUUUCCUACUUUGCAUAAUAAAAUGGUCACUUUGGUACUAAGGAGGAAUAAGUUCAGGUUUGGUAUUACUGAUAAUAUGAGCUCCUUUUAUCAGCUUCAGAAGCUGGAUGUUUCAUAUAAUGAGUUUGUUGAACCGUUUAUGCCGUCAUUGCUUUCGUUGCCUUCGAUUGGUUAUGUCAAUAUUGCUGGGAAUAAGUUUCAUGGAAUGCUUCUUCAGAAUAUGACUUGUGGUGCAGACCUGAACUUUGUGGAUUUAUCAUUCAAUUACUUGACUGGGGAUUUGCCUGCUUGUCUGAAAUCAAGAAAUAAGAGUCGAAAUGUCCAUUACCGGGGUAAUUGUUUGUCGAAUGGGAGACAAAGGCAACAUCCAUAUGCAUUUUGUCAUAAUGAAGCUUUGGCAGUGGAGAUUUCGCCUCACAAAGGGAAAGAAAAAGGGUCUAAAGUUGUGGUAGCCAUGAGCAUAGUUGGAGCAACUUCACUUGCAGGUCUUAUGGUGUUGGGUGUUGGACUUGUAUUCUCUAAACAAUCUUGUAAAAAACCUCAAACAAGAGUUAUACUUGAGAAGGCAACAAUGAUGUACCCUUCGAAGCUGCUUUUGGAUGCAAGGGAGAUCUGUCAAAUGGCAAAGCUGGGACCCCUUGGUCUUCCUGCUUAUCGCAACUUUCUCUUGGAUGAGAUUAAGGAGGCCACAGAAAACUUUGAUGCAUCAAAUUUAAUCAGGGAAGGUUCUUCUGGUCCGGUGUACAAGGGCAUACUUGCCAAUGAUAAUCUUGUUGCCAUUCAAUGCUUGAAAGUGAGAAAACGACGUGGAACACAAGCCUACACUCAUGACAUAGAGCUGUUAUCAAAGCUUAGACAUAUUAAUUUGGUCAGCGCUCUAGGCCAUUGCUUUGAAUACAAUACAGAAGACUCAACUGUUAGCAGAAUAUAUCUUGUGUUCGAGUUAGUUACAAAUGGGAACCUAAGAGAUUUCAUCUUUGGACAAAAGCCUACCUGGGCAAAGAGAAUCACUGUUGCAGUUGAAGUUGCGAAAGGUAUUCAGUUUCUCCAGACAGGGAUGACGCCAGGUUUGUAUUCAAACAACAUCAAGACAACCAAUGUCUUAUUGGAUCAUAGCCUUCAUGUGAAACUAAACAGCUUUAAUCUGCCUUUGUUAGCUGAAAACAUGGAUAAGGUCAAUAUGCUUCCAUCCUCUGGAUCCAAAGAAAAUGGUAAAGCAAUAGUGAAGCAAGACGAAAAGAGUGAUGUCUACGACUUUGGAGUGAUUCUCUUGGAAAUCAUUGCUGGAAGGGAAAUUACAUCUGAUAAUGAUAUAUCCGUUGUAAAAGAUUUAUUUGAAGUUGGCAUUAAGGCAGACAAGAUAGCCCGAAAACAGAUUUUGGAUCCGGCAGUACACAAAGAGUGUCCAGACAAUUCGGUGAAGACACUGAUGGAACUCUGCAUAAGGUCACUUUCAAACGACCCUAAUGAUAGACCGUCCAUUGAAGAUGUACUCUGGAAUUUGCACUUCGCAGCUCAGAUUCAGGAAUCGGGCCAAGUAGAUGGUUCAAGUGACAGAUCCUUAUCUCCUGUUUUCACUUCUCAGUGAGAAUCCAUCUUGAACUUCAACAUUAUUUGUUCUUCCUGAAUCCUGACUAAGCAUAUAUACUGGUUUUCUGUACAUCAUUUUCUGUAAUGCUGUAUAUACUAUCUAGAACAGAAAUUUAGUAAUCUAGCAACUGAAGAUAUUGUAGUGCCAAUUUUCUGGAAUGUGAAAGGAAUAAUUUACCACUUACGAGUUACGACGGGAAGUAAAGAGUGGAGGAGGGAUGUCGUAAUAUUCAUGACAGCAAUUCUAUAAGCUUGCAGUUAAAUGUAUUGUGUAGUUCUUGUUUUUAUCCCCCUUCCUCCUUUUCUAAAAUUUAUCACCUUUUUUUCAAGCAAUGAGCUUUGCUAACUCAUCAGUAAAACUGAGGAUCAAUCUGUUGCAGUAUUUGUUGGUUAGUGGUGUGCUGGGCAGACAGCCUGACAAGAAUCACUCAUCAUAUCCAAAAUGUGGAUCACCGAUUAUGCGACUCAGACCCACAUACUCAUGUCCGACACAAUAAUUUUAAAAAAGGGAAGAACAAAAAAAAAAAAAAAAAAAAAAAAAAAAAAAAAAAAAACCGAAAUUUCUGGUUUAUAAAGUUGUAAGUCAUCACAGUUGAUACUCAAGUCAGAGUGUUUAGGGAGCUGAGAUAGGUUCUUGAGGUUAAGUGAAGAGUUAGAGUAACUGAUCUCCUUAAUCUAUUUAAGGAUAAUCAACACUUAUGGUUUAUUUGGAAUCAUCUUUGUAGUUUCUUACAAAGGAAAGAGAUAUUGAGUUUCAUAUAGAAUAAUAAUGUUAAUUACAAUUUACAUUUAAUCAAUAGGAGUAGACUAAACGGAAGAACAAUGUUUUCCCUCAACAAUUCAAUACUCCAUAGUAGUUAAAAACUUAAUACGCCAUGAUAGAUGAGAAACAUAAAGGCGUUGAGAAAAAACUUAACAACCAGCCUUUGUUCCGAAAUACUGUUAAAAUUCAAACAAGUGCUCAGACCUCGGUGCAGUGAAACUGUAGUACUUGCUAAGGCAUACGCCAGACAUUAGAUAUGGUUCAAAAUACUACUUG